CCCAUGGUGUCCCUGACACUCUGCGGUUUAAAGCUGCUGCAUCUGAAGGAAACUGAUUCAGAUUCAUGUCUCUGAGUUCCUUCCUGAAGAUGCAGAUCCUGACCUUUGCCCUCCAGAUGUCUCAGCUCAGCCCUGCUGCUCCUCUGCUCUCCAUCUGGUUCAGGUUUGGAUCUGGAUUUUCCCUGGUUGGCGUUGGGAGGGGGGCAGGUUCGCGCCACACCCUGAGAUAAAUCUUAUGAUUUUCUUUCCUUGUGGAUAACGCACAACGGGACACGGUGCAGCAGCUCCUCAUCUUAUUUCAGACUUUUUGAAACAUUUUUAGUCAAGGAAAAGCGUCUUUCAGGGAUUUUUUUUCCUUUCUGAAUUACGCAGAAGAACCUGCUGAAAUUUGUGCUUUAUUUACCCAGUAAAGAACAUUUGGAUAAGUUUUUAUUUCCUGGAGACAGGAAAGAAAAUAACCAACGGCUAAAAGCCCUCAGGAAGAUAAAAGUUGUGUUUUUUGGAACGUGUAAAGACGCACGGCGGAUCUCCAUGGCGCAUAUCUGCAGGCAGCUGGUUGGCGUCGGGGGGAGCUGCGUGGGUUGGGUCGGGCUCAUCUUCGCCACGGCGACCAACAACUGGGUCCAGACGUGCGACUACUCGGUGGCCACCUGCCUGCGCAUGGACGAGCUGGGGUCACGCGGCCUGUGGGCCGAGUGCGUGGUGUCUCCAUCACUCUACCACUGUGUGUCUCUGGACCAGAUGUUCUCGCUGCCCGCGUACGUCCAGGUGUCCCGGGCUCUGAUGAUCGCCGCGUGUCUCCUGGGCGUCCCCGCCUUGCUGCUGGUCCUCAUGUCCAUGCCCUGCAUUCGGUUGCCUAGCAACUACUCCGCCACCGUUAAGAAGCGCCGCACCCAGGUGGGCGGCGUCCUCUUCAUCGUCAUGGCUGUUUUUGGUGCCGUAGCGACCGUCUGGUUCCCCAUCGGAGCGAACAAAGCGGAGCACCUCAUGUCCUUCGGCUACUCUCUGUACGUGGGCUGGGUGGGAGCCGGGCUCUGCCUGCUGGGCGGCGUCGUCAUCCUCUGCUUCCAGGUCGCCCUCAUCACCAACCCGUCCAGGGAGAACAGCUUCUUCUACUCCAGACGGGGCGGAACCGCCCGGGAGGUCGACCGCUCCGCCAACCACGCCAAGACUGAACGGGUGUGAGGGGCGACAGGCUUCCCGUCCUGCAGGCGGUUCACCAGCGAUGCACCGAUCCACCUCUUACCGAACAAAACCGAUAUCUGAGGUUUGGCAUCAGAACUGGCCCUCUACAGCUCAGUUAAAGAUGCAGUGUGUAACUACCCUCCAUGUUGUGCUGCUCAUCCUGUUGUGAAUGCUAAUUCUAGUUAGCAUAGCAUAAACAGUUUACCUUAUCGGUAAAUUGUUUCUCCGCUAAGACCCUCCUCCCGGCUCUGAUUGGUUGUUUUUGUGCAUUUCUUCAGGCAGCACUAACAGAUCAGAGAGGAGG